GUCUCCCUCCCCUGUAGUGGCGGCGGCUUCCCGCGGCCUCUGUGUUCCUCCGGUGGGGUUGGGACCGGAAGUCGGCCGCAUCUUGGCUCCUCCCCUUCCGGUUUCUGUCUCGGCGGGCGCGAGUGUCCCAGCGUGGCAGGCGAGUGGUGUGGCUAUUAUGGGCGCCCGGCAAUCUAGUGAUGGGGCUGCAGAUGACUGCCCCAUCACUCCUCCACCCUCACAAGCGGCCCCUUCUGCCCCUCUUUCCCUCCCUUUGGCGGCACUGGUUGCCUCACCUCCCCCCCCCCCGGUUGCUGGUGACAUGUCUGGAGGUAGGUCUCCUACUAUUGGGGUUUCGCCUUUUGUGAGUGGGUCUUCUGCUUCGGACCCGGCCCCCCCUCCCCCCCUUUCACAUAUCCCUUUCAUUCCUUUCGCAGCGGCUCCUGCGGUGGGGAGGGGCAGACGCAGGGAGAGAUCUUUGUCCCCCACUUCCUCCAGAGAGGGCAGGAGGCGGGGGAGGCGCAGCCGCCGGAGGCGGCGUUCCAGUCGGCAUUCCAGGUCCUCCCGGUACAGCAGGCGGUCCAGAUCUUCCAGGUGGCGUUCCCCGUCCUCCUCAGAGGGAUCCUCGGGCGUGUCGGAAGAGUCUGUUCGUACACCGCGUUCCGGGAGUGGACGACUGGCGGAUGGUGAGGUGUCCAGGGUAUCGAGCCUGGCUUCGGUGGCAGUACACAGGGAGGCUGUUCCUGUACCUGCGGUGGUUCCAGCGGCGAUCCCGGUUCCUGGUUUUUCGGGACCUUCAUCCGGAGGCGGAGAUGGAUGGGCUGGCUUGCCCAGAUUUCCUGUGGCGGCUGGUGCUCAACAGUUGAUGACGCUGGUCAGCUCUUCGGUUACGCCGGCCACUUGGCAGGCGCAUGGAAUGGCUCGUCCGGUGGUCUGGUUGUUGGGGCAUUCGUACAUCUUUUGGGCGGCACAGAGGGCCGAAUGCAGGCCGGGAGGUCGGAGCCUUGGUUUCAGGGAAGUGGAGGUUCAUUGGAGGGGGCUUCGGGGGUUAAGAUGGUCUCAAGUGUUGCCGGAGGUGGUGGAGAUUGGGCGUAGAUCGGUGGGGCCGGUGAUCCUGGUCCUGCAUGCAGGUGGAAAUGACCUGUGUUCCCAGAGGAUGUUGGAGUUAAUGGCCUUGAUGAGGUCUGACCUGGAACGUUUCCCUGCCUUUUUUCCGGAGCUAGUUGUAGUAUGGUCGGAGGUGGUGCCGAGAGUGGUUUGGCAUGGCGCCAGAGAUGGGGAGGCUAUGGAGCGGUGUAGGAGAACGUUGAAUGCCCGAAUGUCUCGCUUUGUACGCUCCAAGGGCGGGGUAGUGGUUCGUCAUUGGCAGUUGGAGGGCGAUAAUAGUUCCUUGAUGAGACCGGACGGGGUGCACCUCACGGAGAUUGGUCUGGAUAUUUUUUUGUCCGGUUUGCAGGAUGGCAUCGAACAGGCUUUUAGUUUGCUGGGUGGUGGUCGGAGCCCCGUUUGAGACGGUCCUCCUCCGUGGCGGCAUUUGGAAAGCAAGUCGUGGUGAAGAGUGACUGGCGUACGUACGCCCUGGGGAUCCAGGGUGGUACACCGCAUAGGAGGAAUGAUCUGUGGAGGAGGUGGUGUUUUGUUACCAUUUUGUUGAAAGAAAAAUUUGCUGUGGCCGAUCAUCACCCAGUAAAGGAUUGGUUAAAAGAGAUAAGGUGUCAGAGUUUUUAUUGGGGUGGGGUAAAUGGGGGGGAUCCGGUGGUCUCCUCUCCUCCCCCUUUCCCCUCAGUCAUCUCCAUGCCCUAUCCUUAGGUUAGUACCAGCAGUCUGGAGAGCACCCGACUGGAUAUAGAGGGUGAU